AUGAGUGAGCCUCCAGCAAAGCGACCCCGUCGCGUCGACAGCAACGCAAUACCCGUCCCACAGACUCAGGUGCAGAGGUGGAUCAAAGGCGCUCACCUGCGUCCCGAGGUCCGCGUGAAGAUCGUCGAUUCAGGUCACGCUCGCGAGACCGAACAAACACAAGGCGAGAACGGAGCUGGUCUCGAGAUCGCCGCGACCGUGACAGAAGGGACAACCGAGAUCGGGAUGGCCGGGGAACUAGGGAACGAAAGAGGAGUACCAGCCGAAACCGUGGCCAGGAUCGUGGCCAAGAUCGACGAGCACCGCGAACGUUCUCGCUCACGAUCACCCGCUGGAAACGGCUCUCGCCGAACCCGUUCACCUCCACUUCGAGGAAAUAAAGAUGACCGUCGGCCUGGUCGCCGAGAGCCUCGGCCCCAAGAAGAUGAACGAAAGGCCAAUGGCGCCUAUAUCAAAGGGGAGGAGAUGAAUGUUGACUUCAAGGAGGAUGCGGACGAAGAUGAGAUGGAAGCGAUGAUGCGAAAGGCUAUGGGAUUUAGCCGUUUCCGAAGCACCAAGAACACCAAAGUGCCUGGGAAUGAUAUCUACGGUGUGCGCAAGGAGAAGAAGACGGAAUACCGCCAGUACAUGAACCGGACAGGCGGUUUCAACAGACCACUCAGCCCGUCACGGUAA